GGGGCCGGGUGUGGGGCCGGGGCCGCCGCCGCCGCUGCCGGGGCGCUGGGCGCUGCCGUGGCGGCCGUGUACGGGGCCACGCUGCCGGCAGGGCUGCCCGGCGGGGACGCGGGGGAGCUGAUCACAGCCGCAUAUGAGCUUGGAGUCGCCCACCCGCCCGGCUACCCCCUGUUCACGCUGCUGGCCCGGCUGGCCCUGGGGCUGCUGCCCGGUGGGACCCCUGCAUCCCGCGUCAACCUCCUCGGCGGCGUGCUGGGAGCGGCGGCCGCCUCCCUGCUCUUUUACACGGCGCUCAGGCUUUCUGGCUCAUAUGCUGGAGGAAUCCUUGCUGCGGGGGUGUUUUCAUUUUCUCGUCUAACAUGGCAGUGGUCCAUCACGGCGGAGGUUUUUAGCUUAAACAAUCUGUUUGUGGGGCUGCUUAUGGCUCUUACCGUGCAUUUUGAGGAGGCAUCCACUGCAAAAGAGAGAUCAAAGAUCUCUAGACUCGGUGCCUUUUGCUGCGGGCUCAGCCUGUGCAACCAGCACACGAUAGUGCUUUAUGUUGCUUGUAUCGUGCCCUGGGUUCUCUCCCGGCUGGUCAGAAAGACGGAAUUGUCCCUAGGCCAUUUGCUGAAGUUGGGUUUAUGCUUCUUGGCUGGUUUGCUGCCUUAUCUCUAUCUGCCGGCUUCGUCCUACCUCAAUCGAGCCCGCUGGACAUGGGGAGACCAGACAACUUUUCAAGGAUUUUUGACCCACUUUCUCAGGGAGGAAUAUGGGACAUUCAAUCUGGCCAAGUCGGAGACUGGAUCCAGUAUGAGAGAGAUGCUGGUCUCCCAGCUGGCGCAGAUGAGGUCGGAGCUCUCCCUCCCUGUCCUCGCCCUGGCGCUCGUGGCCUGUUUCAGCACAGCACUGCCGAGAAGGCAACAGAAGUCAUCCGUGAUUUGGCUCUUCGCUGGAAUGCUCUGUGUUUAUUCUCUCUUCUUUGCCUGGAGAGCAAAUUUGGAUGUUACAAAGCCUUUGUUUCUGGGCGUGGUGGAGCGGUUCUGGAUGCAGAGCAAUGCCGUCGUGGCUGUGCUGGCGGGGCUGGGGCUGCCCAUCCUCGUGUCCCUCACUGGUGCCGUGCUGGAGGGCGGCUGGGUGCUGCCGGGGCUGGAGUGGCUUUCUGCUGUGGCUCUCGUUGCUGCUCAAAUUUGGGCAAAUUACAGCACCUGUGAUCAGAGCACCAAUUUUAUUGUUGACAAGUUUGCGAGAAACCUGCUGUUCUCUGUGCCGAUGGGUGCAGUGGUCUUGCUCAGAGGAGAUUUACCCGGGAACGCCCUUCGUUACCUUCAUUACUGCGAAGGAGUGAGGCCAGAUAUCACCUUAGUGGACCAGGAGAUGAUGACUUAUGAAUGGUAUUUACCCAAGCUGGCAAAGCAUUUACCCGGUGUCUCUUUUCCUGGGAACCGGUGGAAUCCUGUGGAAGGAGUGUUACCCGAUGGGACAAGAACUUUUAAUCUCCAUCGUUUCCUCAAAGUAAAUAAACAUAAGGAGGUGUUUGUGUGCAUAGGUCUUCAUGAAGGGGACUCGACCUGGAGAAGGAGUUACUCUCUUUGGCCGUGGGGUACUUGUGAAAAGUUGGUUCCUUCUGAUGCUGUCUUUGACCCAGGAGAGUGGAUUCGUCUCACAAGGAAUCUCUAUAACUGGACUGAAGACUAUGGGAGUUUCAAGCCCUCUUCCUGGGAAGCUGUCGCCAAUGAGGAGAUGUGGCAAGCCAGGAUGAAAACAGCUUUCUUUAUAUUUGACCUUGCAGAAACUGCCAGUGUGACUGCAGAAAUGAAAUCACAGCUUUACACGUUGGCAUACACUUCAUACAAAGAAAUUGUCAACUCUCAUACAAAUCAUCCGGUGAACUGGCACAAAAACUAUGCGAUAGCCUGCGAGAGGAUGUUGCGUCUCCAUCAGGUGGAUGUGGAUCCCGAGGCGCUGCUCUCUGAAACUGUUAAACAUUUCCUCCUGUACACUGAGAAAGCAGAAGACGAUCCCCAGCGGGAGGAUAUCCUGCAGGCUGUGAAACACCUGAAGAAGGAGCUGCAGGGGCUGAGGAAAAUGAAAGCCAAUCUGAAGCGGCGAGCUGGAUAGCGCCUGUCCCCCCCAUGCCUUCUGAAGCGCUGAGAUUUUUGAAGUUAGGAGCUAAAAUUUGAGUUGGGCAUCAACAACGUGUGAAUGUUUAUAAAAGGCAGCAGAAAGAGUAGUAAAGAGGACAUCAAGCAGGCUUGCCACUGCAGGAACGUACUGUUAUUUGUUCUUUGAUGGCCGUUGCCAAAUGAGCAGUUUGUAUUGUUUUCUAUGGGGAAGAAAGCUCAUCACUAAAUAAAAUGCUGGCUUUCAAAGGAGAGUUUCCUUCUAAAGGAAACCCGUGAAUCUC